AUGCACGACGAACAGCCUAUCGAUUUUGCUCCUACUCUAGAGGCCAUCACUUCGUUUUUGCCUCUCAACCUCCAAAGGCCCAACUUGGGGAUCAUAUGUGGAUCAGGCCUCAGUGGGCUUGCGGAAGACUUUCGCCAAGUGGUAAUAGUGCCAUACGAGAUGAUUCCAGGCUUUGGGCAUAGCUCAGUUCCUGGACACAAGAGUGCACUUGCCUUUGGCUUGCUCGGUCCCGGAGAGGGCGUGCCGGUGGUUGCCAUGCUUGGGAGGUUCCAUCCUUACGAAGGUCACUCAAUGUCUACUGUUAUCUUUCCAGUGCGCGUCAUGGCCAAGCUUGGAAUCAAGGAUCUGAUAAUUACGAAUGCUGCUGGAUCGCUGAAUCCAAAUAUACCAGUUGGAACGAGAAAGUCCUUCCUCGUCGUCAUACAGGAUCAUAUUGCCCUCCCGAAUCUUACUGGGAUGAACCCUCUGCUCGGACCGCAGAUUUCCUCGGAUGUCCCUCGUUUUUUACCUCUCUCUAACGCCUAUUCGCCAUCCCUUCGCCGCCUUGCUUUUCUUGCGGCGCAUCAGCUGUCUUUGGAUCGUAGCGCGCUCGCAGAAGGCACAUACGCCUGGGUAAGCGGACCCACGUACGAAACCCCUGCGGAGGGCAGGCUGCUCCGAAACGCUGGUGCAGACGUCGUUGGUAUGAGUACCAUCCCAGAGGUUCUCGCGGCGCGAGAGGCAGGUUUAAAGGUUAUGGUCCUGAGCCUGGUUACCAACUUUGUAGUGAUACCCAACGAGUACCGAAGUCUACGGGAAGAGGUUGAAGCUGAGCUAUCAGGGAAGCCCAUUGAGAUACCUGUUGUGCAAACUGUUUCUCACGAGGAGGUACUACUCAUCGGCAAGGAGAAAGCUACUGUCAUGAUGAAGUUGGUGGAGAAAGUCGUGGAACUCCUGCCUGUCGGUUGA